AUGACCUACAGCUGCUCCUCUGGAAACUUCUCCUCCCGCUCCUCGGGGGGCUACCUGCAGUACCCAGGCUCCUCCUGUGACUCUUCCUACCCCAGCAACCUGGUCUACACCACUCCUCCAGUCUCCCACCACCUACCAGCUGGGCUCCUCUCUCUCCAGCGGCUGUCAGGACACCUGCUGUGA